GUUUCAAGUGUGUACAGUGAAACGCUUAACUUGCAAACCCUACUCAACAGUGCAGUAUUCAAGAAGAGCGGAAGCUAUAUGCAGGGUCUGCCAGUAACACAUAUACAAUGUGUAGGCACACUGGAAUAUUUGAGUAUUUACAAUAGACGAUAACUAAAAAGAAAGACAUAUCCCAUCCUCACUACGACUACCAGAAUUCAAUGCGCAUAUGAACAAGAGGCUCCAGACUGUUAACGCGACUGAACAAAGUGAAUCUGAUUUAUUGUGUAUAUUAUCCUGGGGUGUAGCAGCCAAACAACAAGAAAACAUGGAAGCAAAUGGUUUUGUAGGAUGGCAUGGCAGCAGUCUUCUUUACACCUGAUGGUGAUGACUGUCAUGCUCUCUGUUCAUUUCAUCUUCCUGUAGAUUGUGUUGCCAUGGAGCCCUGCGGAGGAAAUGAGCCAGCAAGUUAUACAAAGCAUUUGUCUGCUGGCUGCGAGCAGACAGCCAUGGGUGGCCAGGAUUCACAGACUGAGGUAAAGCCUCCAUCUGACACAUUUGAUGCUGUGCCCCCUGAGCCUCAGCCAUCAGGGAAACUGAAGAGGACUGCCUUAAGAUUCUUUGGAGGACGUAAAAGCAUUUGUGUUUUGCCCAACUUCUUUGGAGGGAGGAACAAAAAUCAGAACAAGUGUGCCUCUAAAAAGGGAUUAAGCAAGAGUAAAACGCAUGAUGGACUUAGCAAGGCAGGUUGGGAGGACAGUCUGGGAAGUGGAUAUGUUCCAGCAGGAGAUUUUGAGUACCACAGCCAGACUCCUAGCACUUGUUGUAGUGAAUUUGGUCACUCUACUGGUGAUCAGAAGUCCUUUUCCCUCCCCCGUCAGAAAAAGGGUUUGAGGGGACUUUUUAACAGUAUCAGGCGUCAUAGAAAGAAUAGAAAUUGUGAUUUAGAAAAAAAUGAAAUGGUUGCAAUGUCUCAUGUCUGCAACAAAGAGGUGCCUAUUGCCCAGACAAAGAUUGACCAAAAUGACACAAAGUGCCUGAACAGUUUGUCUGAAUCCGAUGUGCCUGUUUUGGCAAAUGUCGAAGAUUGUUUGACUAUUGCACCUGAAUGUAUUAAUGUUGAUGUCAUAGUGUCUGAGAACAAUAUGGUGAAACAAAGGAGUGUGGAUUCUCUUGUAGGGGAACUGAUGAAAGGCAAGGAUGUUGUAGCAAAGAAUGAUAACCUAAAUAAACUUGAAGAGACACUCCAUGAAACCACUGAACCUGGUUCUCUCCCGAACACCAACCUAGAGUCUACAGUGAACGUCCAUCUGCCUACUGGCUCAUCUCAAAUAAGCUUGCUUUAUGGUGAUGUGGCGUCUCUGAAGAGUUUUGACUCACUCACUGGCUGUGGUGACAUAAUAGCUGAUCAAGAUGAUGACAGUAUUGCAGAGAGCACAGUCUCGGGGGAAAGGAGUCGAAAUGCAGGCAAAAGGAGUUCCUGUUAUGUUACCUACCAGGGUGGAGGAGAAGAAAUGGCCACCCCUGAUGAGGUGGCUGGAGACUAUCUCCAUGACCUCUGGGGAAAUGACGCUGUAGAGAACAUUUGCUAUACAGACAGCCAGGAACCAGACUUUCUAGAACACAGUGAAAGUCCUAGGAUGACACCUGAAGAGCCAUCUAGCUCCUAUAACAUGGACAUCAGCAACAACAGCAAUGGUGAUCUUGAAGUUACAGAGACCACCCUUACAUCUGCGGAUGUCAUGACCCCUCAGAGCGACCAUCAAGAGUCAGUUCCUAACAGUGAUGAGGGUUACUAUGACUCUACCACCCCAGGACAAGAUGAAGACGGACGUGACAAAGUUAACAAUGUCAGGACGGAUAGACUACCAAGGGACAGUUACAGUGGUGACGCUCUGUAUGAGCUUUUUGAGCCUGAUGAUAGUCUUAUCAGUCCACCUCUUGAAAAAUCUAAGCUGCCUGAUCCACUUGAGUUUUUAGAAAUGCCAGCUCAGUGUAGUGAUGUAAAUGCUAUGUUCACUCCUGAAACAGAUCUAAUGGAAGAGGACAGGCUGACUUUGAUCCAGCAGGACCUUCUAUGUGCGGAGUUGAAAAGCAUGUGUAAACUUUCCAAAGAGCAGGCUCUGUUCACCAAAGGGAGGAUCCACCAAGAUAAUAGCUUCCAGGAAAGCAUUUCUAAGGUCAACACAAAAACUCAAGCCUCUAUGAAAGAGGACCAGGUCAACCCAGAGGCUUUGAAUAAAAAAGAAAACCGAUCGCAUGCCAAUGUCAGAAUGUCAGAUGCAGCUUUUAGCUCCCUUGCUUCAAAAACAUGUCAAUCACAAGAAAUGUGCCCUGAGCAAAACAAGCCACAGUCCCCCCACUUAAGAGGAAAUCAUGAUAUUUCUAAAGAAACAAAUAAUGAUUUGAAGGAUGACCAGGCAAUUUGCUUCUCCCAAGCCCUAGUGGACUUUACAAAACAGUCACAGUUUUAUAGUGAUUCAAAUGAAAGCAUGGGAGGCUCUGAGUCAGGCUCUCCCUUUUCCCAAAACAUGCAAUCCCUCCCAGCCAUUGUCACAUUUGAUGUCGUGGACAUCGAUAAUGAGGGGGAAUAUGAUCAGCAGAUGGAUAUGGUAAUGGAGGAGGAAGACAUCACGUCGCCUUACGAAGUGUUUGAAGAAAGCUACCUGCAAAAGGAUGCGUUUGCUGAAUGUGACUUACAAAUGUUUGACCUCUAUGAACGGAGUCUCCUCAGUAAUACUUGGGGAAUCGCCAGCCUGCCACGUCACCUUAGCCUUACACGAGUCCAUCAGUCAAGUCCACUGGCUCCUCUGUCGAGUCCUCUGGCCUUAAAUCGGAGGAGUAGAUCCCUGGACACAGAGAGCUUGGAGUUAGAGAUGACUGACAUGUAUUUAGGGAGUGGGGCAGCGCUAGCGUCAUGCCCUAGAAAUGAAAGAGUGUCAAAGAUGGCGUCCUCACUUCACCGCAAAAAUAAUGGUCACAUUUCCACUUCAGAAAAUGGGGACAAUAGAAACAUGUUGCAGUCAUGGCAACCAGAUACUGAGGGGACUGUAACUCACCCUGGAGCAGAUGGGAAAAGAAAAGAGCAGACGCACAGUCUCUAUCAAACCCAAGACGGACACGUAUCAUUCAGUCAGCCUGUCAGUCGAGUCCCAAACUGUAAACUUCAACCGAUCUCAGCUAGCAAACUGACUGACAGAGUAUCCUGUAAUUCUAUCCCUCAGAAUACAGGACCGUUGCAUAGGCCAUCUCAUCUUCCUUUGCAAUCAGAAUCCUGUCGGCCUCAGGCCCCUGGUCGACCUCAUGCUCACUAUGGGAGAUCAGAUAAGGCAUCAGGUGGUGGGGGUGAGGCCCUUUUUUACACAUCGACUGUUGACUCUCAUCCUUACAAUCAACACAGUAAGAUUAGGCCAGUGGGGAUCACCCAUGGAAUGCCUCAUCUUUGCUCUGAGUCUGGGAGUCCUGUAAGCCCAGUGGACUAUGAGCAGCUGCCAGACUUCACCAGUAAAGGAAGAAAAGCAGUGGAAAUGGUGCGCCCUGUUGAAUGUAGCAAACACAUGUCUGGAGCAAAUCCCUAAAAAUGGGAUGAAACCUCUACAGUUAGCAUAUAGGCCUGUAUCCUGCGUUUUCAUACUAUGUGCCACCAAAAAGACACCAUCUAGUACGUUUACAUCACCGAAAAUAGAAUGAUUGUCUGUUACCGUUAUCACACAUUGCAAAUAUGCUGUUUUGAUUAAUAAGCUAUUGUAUUUCAAUGUGAUGUACAAGCCUUAGAAUUUGUGUUGCAAUGGAUAAGGAAGCCUGUGCUGUUCUAUCAUGCUGCGUUAUCAUGUGAACAGUCAUCAAAAUACAAACUCCCAUGCAAUCUUUCAUUAAAUGUUCAGGCACGAGUAUACUUUGCAUUUCCUCAGCCCAGCGUUAGGCUACACAUCACAUUUUAUUACACAUAUUGGUAGCUAAACUACAUGGUAUGUUCAGUCUGUCAAGUUGUAGGUAGCCUUUAGUCUUUAAAAAAAAGAAGACUUUCUUUACAGAAAGCUGUUUACUGCAGUCUUUGUACUAGUACACUAUUAUGAUGGUAUUAGAUUGUGAUGCAUUUAUAAGAUUCAGCUUCAACAUGCAGAUUUGGAUAGGAGGUCAGUUAACCUUUUUUAGAUAUCAAAUGUCGGGGGAACCGCAUCGAUAAUGUCUUACAUUUUCGUGAAACUGAUUUUGUUGGUAGGCUAUAAACUGUAUGUUACAAUUUGUUUUAUGUUUAGAAUGUAUUUCAUCUUACAUCAGUUAAGUUGUACCUUUAAAAAAAAUAAUGGUUACGCUGUAUGUUUUGUUUUUGGUUGACAGAAUCUGAUAUCUGAAAAUAAUGCUUUGUUCUUUAGAUUUGUAUUCUGUAGUACCUCUGCAAUAAUUCUAAAAAGUGAUGUUAAAUUUGUAUUCACAACCAAUCCAUCUGCUGAAAACUGAUAUAGAUUGAUUUUACCCAGGUAAUCGUAACUCAACUGUCUGCUGGCAAAGUCUGUGAAAUUGUGUCAUGCUGGUUGGCAUUUUGGGAUAUUGCCUCGGUUACCUUUUUUUUGUCUAGCACAAUGAAGAAUAUAAUGCUGCCUUGCACUUAAAUCCUUGAUACAUUUGUUUUCUUUGUAGAUAAAAAGACAAAAAACACGGGGAUGGUUUGGAUACCUUUUUAUUGCCGAUUUUUAGUAGAUUCAUCAUAAAUGUUCCUUAUUUCUGUGAUUAUCAUCCUAUUGUAAGACCUUUUUGAUAUAUUAUACUCAUUGACCAACUCUGCAUUUGUUUCUACAUCUCAGCACUUUCUUUUCUACACUACAUUGUCUUUUUAAUCUGUAAGACCUGUCCUAGCUACAGUUAGUUUUAUGUAUUUACUGAGCACAUGGCUACAUGUUUAACUUUUGUAUGUUGAGCAUUAAUACAUCUUAUCACGAUUCUUGUCUUUAAAGUGGCAAUCUGCAGUUCCAACAAUAACAAAGCGGUCACCCCCCACUGAUCUGGUAAACAGCUGAGGGAUAGGGCAGAAGAAAUUUAACCACUUUCAAACUCAUGAACAGACCUAAUAUGUAUCAAUGAUGGUAUCAAAAUUAUAGUUUUAAUCAUGUUUUUAGGCUAUACAGUGUUUUUUUAAAAACUUUUUACAACAUUAAUUACAAACAAAGGAGUAAGACAUCUUGUGUUCUGAUUGGGUAUGGCAGUUGCAGUAAUCUCAUGAGGCAUCUUGAUGUUUUAUUCUUCAAGAACAUUAAUUCAAGCCUACAAAUGUAUGUAACCGCUGCAGAUUGCCCCUUUUUAAGUUAGAUUUUCCCUAUGUUAUUGUUUUCUGUCAGCUGUUACAACUGAAUUUGUUGUGGUAAGCUAUCUGUGGAAAUUUCAUGCCCAAAGAUGAGUUUUCCCAUGUUGACAAAACCAAUUAUGGGAGUUUUAGUAUGUGUUUUUGCUCUCACUGGCAUUGACAAAGGGCAUGUGUAAUUGUAUCAAUUAACUUUUUCAACAAUAAGGAAUAGGCUGUAUAUGUAUAUCAAUUUCUUGAUUUGUCACGUACAUGCCGAAGCAGCUGGUAAGAAUGAAAGCAAAUGUUCAAAUUUCUAUGCCUACAUGUAGCAUAUACAGUGGGGUCUGAAAUUAUUGACACCCUUGAUAAAGUUGAGCAAACAUUACUAUAAAAUAAUUUAAAUACUGUUAUAUUGUAUGCUAAAAAAAUGGGAAAGUAUAUUAUACUAAUACAAUCGCUCAGAGAAAGAGAUUUUGUUUUAACAAGGUGGGUCCAAUUUUUGAUACCCCUGUUUUCAAUACCUUUCAAUACCUCACCUUGUGAGGUUAACGGCACUGAGCGUUUUUUGUCAAAUGUUUUGAGUUAGAGAACACAUUGGGAGGUAUCUUAGACCAUUCCACCAUACAGAAUACUUCCAGAUCCUUGAUAUACAUUGCGCUCAUGGACUGCCCUUUUCAAACCACAGGUUUUCAAUUGCUUUCAAGUCCGGAGACUGAAAUGGCCAUUGCAAAAUGUUGAUUUUUGUGGCCAAUUAACAAUUUCUUUGUGAUUAAAAAAAUAUUUAAAUGAUUGGGGUUAUUGUCUUGCUGGAGGAUCCACGUGUUGCCAAGUUUUUGCCUCUUGGCAGAAGCAACCAGGUUUUUGGCUAAAAUAUCCAGGUACUGGGUGAAGUUAUUGAUGCUGUUGACCUUAACAAGGGCUCCAGGACCAGUGGAGGAAAAAUAUCCCAUUUACAUCAAAGAUCCACCACCAUAUUUUACAGUAGGCAUGCUUUUUUUUCUGCUCGUGCAUUCUCAUUUCGAUUCCAAACCCACCACUGGUGUGCAUGGCCAAGGAGCUCUAUUUUCAUAUCAUCCAACAAAUGUAAGCGCCUGGAGUUUACUAAACAUUUUGGCACUUGGAUUGGAACUGACACUUUCGUCACAUUACAUGAUAAUAGAGCUCUUUGGCCACACACACACCAGUGAUGAGUUUGGCGUCAAUGAGAAGUAAGGCCUAUAUAUGACUCUAGAGACACUACCCUCUGCUGGACAAAUAACUUUACAACAGCAAAUGAGACCAACAAUCCAGGAGCAUACAAUCCUAUAUCUUUUGUUGGCGCUAGCAGCCAAUAAUAGUUGAUUUUUAGGUUGGAGCUUGCUAAUGCUGAAAUAGAAGAACAUCAAGGUCAGUUUGCAGUCUCAUCUGUUGUGAGCAAUCCUCCAAAUUCCUCCCCAUUUGCUGUACAACCAUUGACUCUCGGCUACCCACUGGGCACAUCAUUUCAACAUUGACAUUUUUUUAAUUGGUUGAGAUGUUGAUCAGUGAGAUUUCAACCUUUAUUCACCCACUCAAGAUUGCCAGAAGUUUUUUGAAUUCCCAAUGUUAUCACUAUGCUUUCAACCAGAUUUUAGUUUUUUAUUUAAAUGUUUUAUCACUGGACUUUCAACCAUUUUAAAGCACAACAAAGUUCAAAUGGGAAUUCAAUGUCAGAUAUUUUGUAUUUAUUAUACAACUUAAUGCGUUAUCACUGUGCUUUAUCUAAUAGCACAACCCAAUGAGCUGGAUUGCAGUUGAGAUUACAUUAAAGAAAUAGUGCAAGUGA